GCAUCAACUCAGUAAACACAACUUGUCUUGGAUUUAGGACCUGAGAAUACUUUUCUAAAUUAGUCAGGAAAAUAAUGAAACAUUUAUAAUGGCUAGAAUAUCACUGGUGUUUUUUCUUUAUGUCAUUCGGACCUCUGUUCAGCUAGAAACAAGUUCCUUUCUGAUAUACAAUGAAGAUCAUAACAAAUGUGUGAUUGCAAUCAGUUCCAGCUCUGUCCAGACCACUGCGUGCAACCCUAGUGCCAUGUCACAGCAGUUCAGAUGGGUCUCAGGUGACAGACUGGUCAGCCUGUCAUUGAAAUUAUGUCUAGGAACGCAGAAAAAGGGAGACUGGGUUCAAGUCUUGCUGUAUCCCUGUGAUGAGAAGAGUGAACUGCAGAAGUGGGAGUGCAGGAAUGACACUUUAUUUGCAAUGAAGGGAGAAGACUUAUUUUUCAAUUACGGAAACAAAAAUGAAAAAAAUGUCAUGCUGUAUAAAGGAUCAGGAGUUUGGAGCAGAUGGAAGAUAUACGGCACCAAGGACGAUUUAUGCUCCAGGAGUUAUGAAGAUAUAUUUUCAAUAGGGGGGAAUUCAAAUGGAAUUCCAUGCCAGUUCCCUUUCAAGUUUCUACAAAAGUGGUAUGCUGACUGCACCAAAGAGGGCAGGUCUGAUGGUAAUCUUUGGUGUGCAACAACAACGGACUAUGAUAAAGACAACAAAUGGGGCAUGUGUCCAACAAAAAGCAGUGCUGGAUGGGACACAGACCCUGUAACUGGGGUACUCUACCAAAGAAACACCCAAGCAGUUCUGACCUGGCAUCAAGCAAGGAAAAGCUGCCAGCAGCAAGAUUCUGACUUACUAAGUGUUAUUGAGCUACACGAACAAACAUAUCUUGCAGGCUUAACCAGUUCUUUGAGCACUCCACUGUGGAUUGGACUCAAUAGUUUGGAUUUUGACAGUGGCUGGCAAUGGAGUAAUGGUAACCCAUUCAGAUACUUGAACUGGGCACCUGGCUGCCCCUCUUCCCAGCCUGGUCUGAACUGUGCUGUGAUGAAUCCUGGAAAAGGUGCCAAGUGGGAAGACAAGGCUUGUUCAAAUAAGCUAGGCUACAUCUGUAGGAAGGGGAAUGCUACUAACCUGAUACCCUCAGUGCCAGUGAACGGUCAGCUCAGUUACUGUUCUAAUCACUGGGUGCCGUACGCAGGGCAUUGCUAUUACUUAGAAAGAUCGAAAAAAAUAUGGAAGGAUGCUUUGGCCGCAUGUCACAAGGAGGGUGGAGAUCUUGCCAGCAUCCACAAUAUUGAAGAACACAGUUUUGUUACUUCACAGCUUGGAUAUUUGCCAAGUGAGGACCUCUGGAUUGGACUUAAUGACCUGAAAGUGCAUAUGCUGUUUGAGUGGAGUGAUGGAUCACAUGUGACAUUCACCAAAUGGCACACUGGAGAACCAAGCCAUUCUUCCAACCUCCAGGAGGACUGCGUUCUCAUGAAAGGAAAGGACGGCAAAUGGACAGAUCAUGUCUGUGAAAAGCAAUACGGAUACAUUUGCAAGAAAAAAGCCUCAUCCAAGCCACAUGGUGCUUCCGAGAUUGUGGAACAGGGUUGCAAGAAAGGUUGGACCAGAUAUGGCUUUUACUGCUAUUAUGUGGGAUCUGACAUGCAGUCAUUUACAGAAGCAAACCAGACUUGCAAAAGUAAAGCCUCAGACCUGGUUACUGUUGAUGACAGAUAUGAACAUUCCUAUCUAAUUAGCUUGGUUGGACUAAGACCUGAAAAAUAUUUCUGGCUGGGUUUGUCAAACACGGAAGAUCGGGAUACAUUUAGAUGGACAGCUGGUCAAGACGUCAGGUUUACUCACUUUAAUGUCAACUUACCAGGCAGGAAACAGGGCUGUGUUGCAAUGACAACUGGUGUGUUUGCUGGAUUAUGGGAUGUGGUAGACUGCACAGAAAAGGCAAAGUAUAUCUGCAAGCACUGGGCUGAGGGAGUGACAACGACAGAACCCCCAGUCUCAACUCCCCUACCCACGUGUCCUGAAGACUGGCAUGCAAUAGGAACCAGUCAAUACUGCUACAAGUACUAUAGGAAAAAUGACAAAAACAGAAAGACAUGGUUUGAAGCACGGGAUUUCUGUCUGGCAAUUGGGGGAGACCUGCUCAGCAUUCACAGUCAGGCGGAACAUGACAGCAUAUAUGAAUCUCUCGGAUACUUUUACAAUGAAGCUGGCUGGAUUGGUUUAAACAUAUUGGAUUCCACUGCUGGUCAUGUAUGGAGUGAUGGCAGUCCAACGUCAUAUGAAAACUGGGGCUAUGGAGAACCCAAUAAUUAUAACAAUGCUGAGCUUUGUACUGAAAUGUCACUUUCCUAUCCAUUGUCUUGGAAUGACCGUCACUGUGAAAGCUACACAAACUGGAUUUGUAAAAUUCGUAAAGGAACUUUGUUAAAACCUGUCCCCACAAUUUCUGAACCAGUAUAUAAUUCCACAGAAGAUGGCUGGCUUGUGUACAAUGGCUCUCAGUACCUUAUUAAUACUGAAUUGCUUCCUAUGCAAGAAGCUAGAACUUUCUGUAAGAAGAAUUUUGGUGAUCUGGCAGUAAUACAAAGUGAAUCUGAAAGAAAGUUUUUAUGGAAACUGAUCUCAAGGGAUGAAAAUUAUGACCAAUACUACAUCGCCUUAUCUGUUGGUCUUGAUAAAACAAUCCAAUGGAUGGAUGGAUCUCCAGUAACCUAUGUGGCUUGGGAACAGCAUGAACCUAAUUUUGCAAAUAAUGAUGAAAACUGUGUAACAAUGUAUAGAGGCAUGGGAUUUUGGAACGAUAUCAACUGUGGCGAGUCAUUUCCUUCUAUAUGUAAAAGAAGUGAAAAUUUUGUUAAUACCACCAUGGGCCCCACAGUUCCUCCUGUCGGAGGAUGUCCGGCUGACUGGUUAUCAUAUCAGAAAAAGUGCUACAAAAUGUUUGGCAUGAAUGAAGCUGACCGAAAGACAUGGACAGAUGCAAGAACUCUUUGUAUAAACCAGGGUGGAAAUUUGGUUUCCAUUGCAAAUGCAAAACAGCAAGCUUUUCUUACAUCUCAACUUCUGGAUUUGCCUGUGGACGUAUGGAUUGGGUUAAAUGACAUCAACGCAGAGAUGCGCUUCCUCUGGACUGAUGGGAUGGGGGUUUACUACACUAACUGGGCUAAAGGCUAUCCAGUUUCAAUGCCUCAAGGCAGGUUUACUUAUGGAGACGAGGAAUAUGACUGUGUAAUGAUGACAAGUGGGUCGACCUCCAAACUGGCUGGGCACUGGAAAAAUGAGGAUUGUCUUGCAGUGAAAGGCUUUAUUUGCCAAAAAAAUUAUGAUCCUAAUUUCAGCAAACCACCAACGACAGCACCGCCCAAGGGUUAUGUCCAAUUUGACAAAAGCUCCUAUAGAAUAAUAAAGCAAAAGUUAAAGUGGGAUGAGGCUCGGAGACAAUGCAAAGCAGAAGAUGCAGAGCUGGCCAGUAUUUUGAAUCCUAUGAUACAGUCCUUCAUUAUGCUACAGGCAGAAAAAUAUGGAGAACCAUUGUGGAUUGGUUUGAACAGCAAUGUGACUGAAGGAUAUUUUAGAUGGACUGACAGCUGGAGACUGAGUUAUUCCAGAUGGGCACCUACAGAGCCUAACAAUAACAUUGCAUGUGUUUACAUGGACAACGAUGGAACAUGGAAAACGGCUCCCUGUAACAACACUUACUAUUCAGUGUGUAAACAGAGCAAAGAUAUCCCUCCAACUGACCCCCCUCAGUUGGCUGGUAAAUGCCCAGAACCAAAGAAAAGAAAAGUGUGGGUUCCUUUCCGUGGCCACUGCUAUUUAUUUCAGUCUGCGUCCAUUGAUAAUUGGGCCCAUGCUUCCAUGGAAUGUCUACGGAUGGGCGGUGCUUUGCUGAGCAUUGAAGAUGCUGCCGAGGCUAGAUUUAUAGAAGAAAACAUUGAAAUACUGCAGGACAGGAUGAAAUCCUUCUGGAUAGGACUGUACAAAAAUGUGGAUGGGAAUUGGUUAUGGAUUGACAACUCUGUGGUGGAUUAUGUGAACUGGAAUGCAGGAGAAUCUGGAAAAAGCAAAGAUUGUGUUGAGCUUCAUACUGUCAGUGGAAAGUGGUACAAUCUAAACUGUAACUCUUACAGAGGUUACAUAUGUAAAACAUCAAAGAUUAUUGAACAAACUGAGAAACCCCCAGCACAGGAAGCUCGCAAACCUGAAGAAAAAUCAUCGCAAGGUUACACUGGGAUUGUGGUGGCCGUGGUGCUCCUUAUCUUAACAGGAGCUGGACUGGCAGGCUUUUUCAUUUACAAGCGGGGGCAUAGCCCUCCAUCAGAGGAGAGCAACUUUGACAACACACUUUAUUUCAAUACUGAAACUUCACUUGGAACAAAUGACACUAAAGUCCUAGUAGCUAAUAUUGAGCAGAAUGAACAAGCAAGCAUUUAGGUUAUAUAAAAAUGUAUACUUAUAUGUGUACUGUCAAUAACUUUUUUUUUCCCCCUCUGCAAUUGCCUUUUUUUCUAAACACUUUAGAACAGAAAUGACAACACCUCAGUCACAGAUGAUGUUUCUUGUCCUGUGGAUUAGUUUAAAACCUGUCUAAUGUAAAACCCAACAUACUAUCUACUACUAAAGAUACAAUUGCAAUGAGUCCUGUUUUACCGUAGCUGGUUCACCUUUAGUAUACUACAAGUGUACUGCUUCGAAAUUAGCAUUGUGCUGAUAAUAUUCUAAGAAUAAGUUUAAAAAACACAGUGCUCAGUAGCAUAUAUUGGGUUAAACAACGUAUAAUUGGGAAGAAAAAGAUGUACAGGCAGUUUCUAAUACAGUUCUCACCCUUUAUAACGCUAUAGUGGGGAGCCUUACUUACAAGAUUGUGCUAUUUGUGUUGCACCUUAUAACGAGUAUAAAAGGGCUACGACCCUGCCAUGUUGUAACCGAUUCCGCACUGUAACGAGGCGUGUUAACGGUAGAGCACUGUAUUGAUCUGAUAUACAAUUUUCUUUUUGUUUUAUUUUUUUAAAUGUCAUGUUUCCGUUUUCUUCCAUUUACUGAAUUAUAUUUGUUUGAUCAAACCAAAUCUGUGUCAAGAUUUACUUUGUCUGCAUAGAGCUCUGAAUUAAAAUGAAUUUUUAAACAAAAAAAAA